AUGGCAUACUACGAGCCUCAGGGUUGGCAGGCGCCGUCCACCACGCGCCAGGCGUCUUGGGAACAACCGGUUCCCCCGUCGCGGUCAGGCUCCAGUUCCGUUUCCCAGCGUGAAGAUGUGCCGGCCUUUUCCUCUCAGUUUGAUGAGGUUGACCGUGCCAUUGACAACCUUGUCAAGAGUGGGAAGCUGUGGGCCGCGCCACGGAGGGACUCCAUGCCCAUGAUGAUGGGCCGUCCCUACCCCGACUACGAUCCCCGCGUGUCCGGCUCGAUGUCCCAGCGUCACCACUCGAUCAGCGAGUUCGAUUCCCGGAUGCACCCCCCGACCCCCAAUGCGCCAGGCUUCUACGCCUCGCAGCGGUUCCAGGGUCGCCCCAAUGAAGUAGAGCAGAUGAUGCAAGCGAAGCGUCGGAUGGCAGCACAGCGUGAGAGGGAGCUCCGCAACUAUCAUCAGGAGCAACAGUACAACCGAAGCCUGCUUGCCGAAAUGUCUGGAAACAAGUCCGAUCGCUCGAUCAGCCCGGCCGCCAUGAGCGAGGAAAGCCGCCGCGACCUGCUCGCCCGCCAGCAUAGGGCUUUGUACGGCAACGACAGUCCCGCGUUCUUCCCGCCCGCCGGUCUCACCGACGACGGCACGCGCUCCGAAAGCCAGGCCGGUGGCACGCCGACCUCCGCGAGCGGCGUUCGUGGGCCCUCUCCUCGCAGUGUUGACCCGUUCGGUCUGGCGCAGACCCCCGUCCAGGGUGCCACCGACGCCGUCGCCCAGGCGGCGGCCGGCGCAGCCUCGCUGCAGUCGCCGUCUCGCGCCAACAGCGCCUCCUCGCCCAACUCCGCCAUCAACCCGGUCUUCGGCAAAUAUGACGGGACGGACCAGCCCGUGACCUCGACCUCGUCCCCCGGCGCGGACUCACCCUCCUCGCGACAGGCUCCGGCCAAGUCCAUGGCUGGCCCAAUCGGCUCCGUCCUGCCCAUCGGGACCCGUCCCGUUCCGCAGGCGGGUGCCGGCCAGGCGUCCAACCCGGCCCUGAGCAUGCGCUCCACGACCCCCCUGCCGUCUCCCCUGGGAUUCGGUUUCACUCCGGGUGAGACCACCGGUGUCGAGCGUGCGGGUUCCGUGUCCAACCCUCCCACCUCGGCGGCGGCGGCUGCUGCCGCGGUCAAGGAGGCCUCUGGCGGCGUUGGCCUUGGCUGGGGCAACAGCAGCGGCGUGUGGGGAUCGAAGAACGGACUCGGCGUGCAGGCGUCGGUCUGGGGCUGAAUGACAGGCGGCGCUCAUUGACUAUUACAAAACAUUCGUUCGACAGGUGUUCGCUUUACCGUGGCGUUCUGAGAGAGGGUUUCAUUUUCUGAAUCUAC